AGGAUAUAGUUUCAAGUUGUGGAAGUUGUUCCCCUUUAUUGUCUCAGUUAUCCGACAGAUGGCUCUACUUGUUGGACUCGUUCUUUUUGACUUCUAUUCAAAAGUUCAUUGCGCUGUUUUUCUUUGUCUCAAAUGUUCACGUCAUUUUACAAAUAUGCUGUAAGCAAUUUCAACAAUUCAUUAUGUGUCAGAGAUAUAUAUUAUAUAUGCAAAAUAAGUGUCAACUGUACAUGAAUAACUGUUGUUAAAAGUUGUGUCGAGAUUUUCAGUGACCUUAUGGACUUCAACUUUGACCUCAUCAGGUCACCCCACAUUUCCACUACAUUGUUAUAUGCACUAGAUUCCCCACAAAAUUAGUCUGAAUGUCCGGCAACCGCUGCAGCCCCACUGAAAUGAGAUUAGGGAAAACAGUUAUGACCCCUGGCUUGACAAUUAUUUUCCACUCCAUGAGUAACUUUUGUUUAUAUAAUACGACGGACACAGCGAAACAAACAGCACCAGUCGAAAGUGAAAGCCUCCAGAUAACAGAGUAUGGGACCCUAUCAAAGGCUUUCACCAAGGAGAUCAUUGCUUGGAAUAGAGAUCAUCAGCUGACACUGGUAUCAAAGAAUUGAUUACUUCGAUACAUCAUCAGUAAAUGUUACACAGAAUGGACAUAGCCUUGUUUAUAUAAAUUUAUGGUAAAUUAAUGUUGAAAUAUUUCUUCUGAGCUCAGAUUAAUAACGAUAGUUCUUUAUUUCAUUGUCUAGAAUGCUUACAAAAUGGCAGAAUGAUUUUUCACUCCAAUUAAUUUUGGAUUAUUAAAAAGGUGUGCAGUGUUUUUGUAUGUAUAAAAAAAAAAAAAAGGAACACAGUUGUUGAAAAUACAAUCAUAGUUUAACCCUUUACCAUUUAAGCUGGCCAUAUCUGGUCAAAACAGUCUAUUUGUUUCAUUGUUCAAAAUGGCCUGAUCAAGCCUUUCACACCUACCCUACAAUGCUAUCCUAAAAAUAAACAGUCACAUCUUCAAAAUCUUAGUUAUGAGAUAAUACAUGAUUAAUUCAAAACAAUCUGAUUAAAUAAGCAUUGUAUUUGAUGGAGUUAUUUGAAUGUUAAGGUGUUCAAUAGUUCUACAGAAUAGAAUAUAAAAUCAGAAAAAAAGAAAACCAUCUGUUUUCUUUUUUUGAGAAAAGAAUAAUUAUGGCAAAUGAAUUAUGUGAAAACAAGAUUAUAUGUAAAAGUAUUAAUUAUUCUGCUGAUACAAAGAAGGAAAUUGGUAAAACUUCAUAUUUAUGUGAUAUCUGUAAAAAAACAUUCUCUCAAAGAGGUAAUCUCACCCGGCACAAACGUAUUCAUACAGGAGAGAAACCAUAUCACUGUAACAUCUGUGGGAAAUCGUUCUCUGGAGGAAAUACCUUAACUAAACAUGUACGCAUUCAUACAGGGGAGAAGCCUUAUGAAUGCGAUGUUUGUGGUAAAUCAUUCUCUGGGAGUGGUGACUUGACCAUUCACAUACGCAUUCAUACAGGUGAGAAACCAUAUCCCUGUGAUGUUUGUGGUAAAUCAUUUUCUCAUAAUCCUAACUUGACUAUACACAAACGUAUACAUACAGGAGAGAAAUCAUAUCACUGUGAUAUCUGCGGUAAAUCAUUCUCUCAUAAUCAUCACUUAGCUAGACACAAACGAGUUCAUACAGGGGAGAAGCCAUAUCAGUGUGAUAUCUGUAGCAAGUCAUUCUCUGAAAAAGGCCACUUAACUACGCAUAUAAGUAUUCAUACUAAAAAGUAACUAUCUGCAUCAAAAUUCAGGUUGUAAAUAUUUCACAGAGAAAUGUAGCAAUAAAAACUUGAUGGCUUUGUGACAAAAUUUGAUGCCAAAUUAUCAAUAUUGAUUUUUCUUCUUGUGUAGGAUGUAAAUUAAAACUUUCUGAGCAUAGUAUUUGUUGAUUAAAAUUGUCUGAUGCAUAUAGGUAUUCAUAAUAAAAAGUAACUGUAUCUGCAUCAAAAUUCAGGUUUUAGUAAACACUUCACAGAAAAAUGUAUCAAUAAUCAAUAUUAUCAAUAUUGAUUAAGGUGGCGAGCUGGUAGAAUCGUUUCUAUGCCAGGCAAAAUGCUUAGCAGCAUUUCAUCCAUCCUUACAUUCUGAGUUCAAAUUCCAAUGAGGUCAACUUUGCCUUUCAUCCUUUUCAUGUCAAUGAAUUAAGCUGAGCACUGCCUUCCCUGAAAUUGUGAGCCUUGUGCCAAAAUUUGUAACCAAAUUACCAAUAUUGAUUUUUCUUGUGUGGGGUGUAAAUUAAGACCCUUCUGAGCAUAGUAUUUUUGAUUCGUGUUUUCUGAACUCUACCAAAAAUUAACUCUACCAAAAUUAAUUUACCAGUGAAAGCACUAUUUAUAAGAG